GCUUUAUUUAGAGGUCUGUGAUGGCCUCGGGUUACGCGGCUCAGACUCAUGACUAAACUGUGAUGUUAUUCAUUCUAGAGAGAGGCUGAAGCGUUUUAGUCGCUCUCUGGGCCCCAAAAGGUAAUUCACUUCUGAAUGCGGGAAAAUUGCGUUUAGACCUGAAUUGAUGGAUUCAGCGUUCUGCCAGCAGUUUAUGGGUUUUGUGUUUUGAGGAUGGGUGCCGCCUUCAAGAAGUUCUGUAUACGAUUCUGCUGUUGCUGCUGCUGUCAGGACGAUGCGGAGGAGGACGAAAAGACACCUUUACUUAGUCACGACACGUUGGAAUAUUUCGACCGCGAGGCGAAAAAGAGGCGGGACCAGGAGACCAACCUGUGGAGUGAACCUGGAGACCCCUCCCACUCCGAGAGGGACGACGACCGCGCGCUCUACAACCUGCUGCAGUGCAGAGCCAAGACCCAGCGAGGCUCCCAGGGCUACCGGCGUCUGAGCAUCGACAUCGAGGCCAUGAGAGACAUGCGGAGGGAGGUGCGAGAUAAAUGGCAGAUGAUCCUGGAGAAUCUGGGGUUCAUGGCUGAAGCCGAGUCUCUGCUGACCGUGUCUGCCACCGCAUCGUAUGACCGCAUGAGAAACGCCCCGGCCGCCCGCAGCCUGCUCCAGACCCUCCACACCGAGACCUCCAUAUUCAACAGCAAAGAGCCUCCUCCAGAGAGAUACCUCUUCAUCCUGGACCGGCUGAUUUAUCUGGACGCUGCUGAGGAUUUUGUGGCCAAGGCUCGCCGCUUCUACCCUCCUAAAGAUGAUGACGAUGAAGAGGAGACCACCGGUCUAAUAAAUCUUCCUUUGCUGCUGUCCCGCAUGAAUCAGAACAUCUCUGGAGGAGAGGAUGACGAGGGAGAGACCACUGGUCCAGAGGACUGAUUCUGAGAUAGGAUCGUGUCGGUGUUUUCAUAAUCGGUUUGAGAGGUUUUGGAGGUGCGUGGGUUUGGACUGGUGUCAGCUCGGGUCAAGGUGGAUGCGGAUGGUGAAGGUUAAAUGGCACAGGUUUAAACCAUUUAUUAGUCAAAUGCUUUUUUGAAGGAGACUAUUCUCAGAUUCAUUACAAUAGCUUACGUUUAUGUUACUAUGAAUUAUAAGAACAGUAGGAGAUUCAGGUUUACUGAGACAUGGUGAUGUUGUAAGUGUAAG